GCCCCUCAGGCCGAUAUAAGGGCGGUGGGGGCUGCCGGCGGCACCGGAGAGCAGCAGCGGCAAGAUGAGUCUGAACGACACAGACAAGGCCCGCGUGAAGGCCGUCUGGGCCCACGUCAGCACCCAUGCUGAGGAGUUUGGUGGGGAGGCCAUCAACAGGAUGUUCGCGGUGUACCCCAGCAGCAAGACCUACUUCCCCCACUUUGACACCAGCCCGGGCUCCGCGGACAUCAAGGCGCACGGCAAGCGGGUGAUGAACGCUCUGUCGGAGGCCGUGGCCCGCAUAGACGACAUGGCUGGCGCCCUCGCCAAGCUCAGCGACCUGCACGCCCAAAAGCUGCGCGUCGACCCCGUCAACUUCAAGCACCUGAGCCAGUGCAUCCUGGUGACCAUCGCCGCCCACGGCCGCAACCUGCUCAGUGCCGAGGCCCACCUCUCCCUCGACAAGUUCCUCACCUUGGUGGCCAAGCUGCUCAUCUGCAAGUACCGCUAGACCAACGCCCGGCCGCCGCCGCCGCCGCCGCAGCAGCAGCAGCACGAGAGGUCGACGGAUCCCUACCCCCCACCCCCACCCCGCCCGUUUUCUGGCUUCCUCCCUCCCUCCUUCCCAGUAAAGCUGUGACCCUCAAAUAA